ACGAAGUCUCAUUGCAACCUGAACAAAGACCCCUUUCAUGGCGAUCAUCGCGACCAGUCUAGUCAUGCCUUCUUUGAUCGAUGAUAACUUGUGGCGUCGAGCGACUCUUUGUUGGGGUGGUAGACGACCAUAGCUCUAUUCAUGUGUCCAAGACAUAUUGAUGCAACCUAUCUCCUUGCCUAUAUAAGAGACAUCAAAGACAUCAAAGAUGGCACAUAUCCUCAUCAGUAUCGUCUUACUCCAGCAUGUCCUCCGCACUUACCUAUCCUCUUCCUGUUCUCCCUUCUAUCCCAGACGAUCUCGAAAAUCUUGACUCGCGCUGUGCUUUACCUCAUCUGAUGGCACUAAUGAAGAACACACUCAUUCGUGGUCUGAAUCGCGUUUAUGCAUGUGCGCCUCUUGUCAUUGUCGGUCACCCCGCUCUUCUGCCUUUCCUCGACUAUGUGCGCUCGCUCCUCACGCAAUUAAAUGUGCACCUCGAGGAGGAUGCUACUUUUUUCUCUGCGAAUGCUUUAGCGGAGGUUGCCGCAACUAAAGCUAACCCUGAUACUAAGACUAUCAAGGAAUCCAUAAUUUCAUUGACGAGUUUGGUGUCGACAUGGAUUAUGGACGAGUCCGAUUUUUCUUCAAGUGCUCUACGCGAGAGACUCUCGUUUGGACCUGCGCUGGUUACCGUCAUGCAGGCACAGAUCAGGGCGCUUACCCCCGCGCUGCUCAGCUCGAUUAUAUCCCAUUUGGACCUUCUCGAAUUGAUUGCAGCCAGCGUCGGUCGCAUCAGUGAACGCUCUGACAUGACCUUUUUGCUUCCUUUUGUUGUCUCGCAUCAUGAUCACACCACUUCUGUCCAUUGGCCCAAGAUUCCCGAAGGUUGUAUUGAGAUGUUCCCAGCUCUUAUUCUCAACCACCCAGGAUGCUGGCAAUUUGCGCCGUAUAAUCCUUUCAAUCAUGAGGCUCAGAGCUUAAUGGACAUUUUUGCUCGACUUUCUUCAGGGUAGCCUUUAUUUAUUUAUAUUUCUCCAUUCAACUGCCGCUCUUCCCGUACUAUCUAAUACCAUUCAUUGUUGCGA